CCGGGCUGCUCCGCGGCGGCGCUGCUGGAGGGGGAGAGAGUGCCGCGCGGGGGGCUUGUCUCCCCGGCUUGGUGAACGAAAACUCUUAACCUCACCCCCAAAGACGAGGCGCAGGAAAGCGGGUAGUAUCUUACUUCGGAAAAGGAGGUUUUUAUUGGAAAGGCUGUCUCCAAAGAUACCAAAACCCCUAAGCAUUUCGAGAGAUACCUUUCGGAGGUUGAAAUCCUACGGAGAAAGAUGGAACAGGGAGCCAGGCAUCGCAACCACGCCGAGAAGAACCAGCCAGGUGCGAGCGAGCCAGAGGCCAGCUCGGACGCCGGCUCCGGAGGAGGUGGAGUAGCCCUGAAGAAGGAGAUCGGAUUGGUCAGUGCUUGUGGCAUCAUUGUAGGAAACAUCAUUGGCUCUGGAAUCUUUGUCUCGCCCAAGGGUGUGCUGGAGAAUGCCGGCUCCGUAGGCUUCGCACUCAUCGUCUGGAUCGUCACGGGGCUCAUCACGGCGGUGGGAGCCCUGUGUUACGCAGAGCUGGGGGUCACCAUCCCCAAAUCCGGAGGAGACUACUCCUAUGUAAAGGACAUCUUUGGAGGCCUGGCUGGGUUCCUGAGGCUGUGGAUCGCGGUGCUGGUGAUCUACCCCACCAACCAGGCUGUCAUCGCCCUCACCUUCUCCAACUAUGUGCUCCAGCCGCUCUUUCCCACCUGCUUCCCCCCGGAGUCCGGCCUUCGACUCCUGGCUGCCAUCUGCUUGUUGCUGCUCACAUGGGUCAACUGCUCCAGCGUGCGCUGGGCCACCCGCGUUCAAGAUAUUUUCACUGCUGGGAAGCUCCUGGCCCUCGCGCUCAUCAUCAUCAUGGGCGUUGUGCAGAUCUGCAAGGGAAGAUACUUCUGGCUGGAGCCAAAGAACGCAUUUGAGAACUUCCAGGAUCCCGACAUUGGCCUCAUUGCACUGGCUUUUCUUCAAGGCUCCUUUGCUUAUGGAGGCUGGAACUUUCUUAAUUACGUGACAGAGGAACUUGUUGAUCCCUACAAGAAUCUUCCCAGAGCCAUCUUCAUCUCCAUCCCACUGGUCACGUUUGUGUAUGUCUUUGCCAAUGUCGCUUAUGUCACUGCAAUGUCCCCCCAGGAGCUACUGGACUCCAACGCAGUCGCUGUGACUUUCGGGGAGAAGCUCCUGGGGGUCAUGGCCUGGAUCAUGCCCAUUUCCGUGGCCCUGUCCACCUUUGGAGGCGUCAACGGGUCUCUCUUCACCUCCUCCCGACUGUUCUUUGCUGGAGCCCGAGAGGGCCAUCUCCCUAGUGUGCUGGCCAUGAUCCACGUGAAGCGCUGCACCCCAAUCCCAGCCCUGCUCUUCACGUGCCUGUCCACCCUGCUGAUGCUGGUCACCAGUGACAUGUACACACUCAUCAACUACGUGGGCUUCAUCAACUACCUCUUCUACGGGGUCACGGUGGCUGGACAGAUAGUCCUUCGCUGGAAGAAGCCGGACAUCCCGCGCCCCAUCAAGAUUAGCCUGCUCUUCCCCAUCAUCUACCUGCUGUUCUGGGCCUUCCUGCUGAUCUUCAGCCUGUGGUCGGAGCCUGUAGUGUGUGGCAUCGGCCUGGCCAUCAUGCUGACGGGCGUGCCUGUCUACUUCAUGGGAGUUUACUGGCAGCACAAGCCCCAGUGCUUCAACAAGUUCAUUGAGUGGAUAACCCUGGUGAGCCAGAAGAUGUGUGUGGUGGUGUACCCCCAGAUGGACGGAGGCUCCGAGGCCUCGGGCAUGGAGGAGGAACAGCGGCAGCCCAUCAACCACCCCAAGGACAAGUCUGCGGGUGACCAGUCCGAGCCCUGAGCACCCCCUCCGCUGGCCCCUCCCUCCCGCGCUCCCUUCCAACCCGCCUUUCCUGCCUGGGUCCCCCCACCCCCCACAGAUGUGUCCAAGCACCAGCAGGGGCCAGAUCCGGGUGUGGCUGCUGAAAAAGAGACAGUUGUACCCAAAGAACCAGCCUCGCCCCCCAGGGUCUGUGUCCAAAGCCCCAGCCCCCACCCCCCA